AUGUUUAGAAAAGGGAGCACCCAUGCACAAAGACGAAAAGCGCUGCUACCGAUAACCAUGAAAUCUAUGAGAUGUGAUAAAAUACCAAGGGAUGAAACAGUCGAAAUGGUCAAUGAUCCCCCAAAUUUCAUGAUCACGGAUAAAACCCCACCACUACUCAUGGCUUGGUGGAACGAUAUGCAUGAGUUUAGGCGAACUGAGAUAUUCAAACAUCUUGGUUUCCUCACAGAUAUCAUGAGAUUUAGUCCUGACAGAGAUUUGAUCGAGGCUUUGAUCCCUUUUUGGGAUUCUACAAGCAAUGUGUUUCGCUUUAGCGAUUUUGGGUUGAUGCCUACAUUGGAGGAGUUGGGUGGUUUCACAGGGUUAGGCAAGGAUCUCCGAAGCAAAAUACUCAUAGCCCCAAGAAACGUCAACAGGAACAAAUUUUUAGAACAAAUGCAUAUCAUCUAUCCUCAUAAAGAGUGUUUCGAUAAUGGGUUGGUUUCCUUGGAACUUCUAUACUCAAGAUAUGGAAAGAAAGAAGGAUUUCAGACUACAGGAAGCAACUUAAAAAUGGGCAACACCUCCCUACUUGGGAAAAACAUAGACAAGAAGCAUUCAUGGUGGCCUUUUUGGAAACCAUGGUUUUUCCAAGAAGGAAUAAAAAAAUUAGUAUUCGUCUGUCAGGAAUAG